AUGCUCAAAAAAUUUCUCCACAUCGCAUUUUUAGUGUUUGCUUCAUGGCUUAACGUCUCAAAGGUCAUGGCCGCGAAACAUGUCAAACUCUAUGACACCAGCUGCGACGUAGUCUACUUGUUUGAGUACGGUGUUGCAAAGUGCGGCAGUGCGUACGAUGGGCAUUCAUAUGAUUGCAGUCCAAAAAAUUGCCGUGAUGGGAAUAAGAAUUAUUCUGUACUGGUUGAUUGUACUCACAACGGUUCGACAGACCAAACCACAUCUCAACAAGAUUGUGCUCAAUAUACUUAUACCAAUGAUGACAAAAACCCGACCCUCAAUUGUAUCAAUACUAAGGGUUAUCAUUAUACAUGCCCUUAUAAUAAAAAUAAAGGCAAAAAGAUUGAAUGUAAGGGUUGCUUUAUGGUGCCGUAG